UUCGUUCACAUCUAGACACUGACUGACAGUGUAGCAGAUCAGGUGUGUGGUGGAUGCGCGUCUCACACACUCACAGCUGAUGGCACUUUUUACGCACGGGGUUGCGUCUUAAUUUGUCCAUUACGCGUCCAAAGAUACAGCAGUUUAUUAAUAUUAUCAUUAUUAUUAUUAAAGAUAUGGAUCGAUUGGAUGAGUGGGGUUUUAAGUCCAAGGGAAUGGACUUGGAUGAGGAUUUCUACUUCGACUACGGAGCGGAGGAAAUAACAGAUUAUCAAGACCCCACUGAACUUCUGGCCGCUCUGAAACAAAAGGAGGAAGAGGUUAUUUUGGCAGCCCAGCUGGGAAACGCAUUGCUCCUGGAAAAUCGUCAGUUGAAAGGGCAGAGCGAAAAACUUCAUGAACAAUACGCAGACAAACUGGAGGAGCUGGAGCAGGGCAGGCAUGAGCUGCGGCUGAAGCUGGAAGGCUGCCAGUCCCAGUGGGAGAGCCAAGUGGGGGAGUUGGAGAGGGAUGUGAGGGAGCUGAGCGCCCAGGUGGAGCGGCUCACCCUGGCCCUCAGCGAGGCGGAGAGGGACAAGAGUCGAGCUCAGCUGGAGCACAGCGAGCAAACUCAGCUUCUCCGGGAGCAGCUCAACACUGCAAUGGAGGUGGAGAGGGCCAUGUCCAGUGAGCUGCAGGCUUUAAAAGAAGAGCUACAGCAAAAAGGCAACCAGAACAGGGCACAGGAGGAGGAGCUGAUCAGUGCCAUGAGGGAGCAGGUAUUGCGACUCACCCAGAAGGAACAGGUGCUGGAGGAACGUUUGGAGGUUGUGUGUCAAGAAAAUGCUGAGCUGAGAGCGAGUUUGGCCUCUUUACACACACGCUUGGCACUGCAUGACCAACUGAGCCAGCAGCAGAGACAGCAGCUAACCGAGGCAUGGCAGGAGGUGGAGGUGGCACGGGGUCACUCACAGCAGCUACAAGCUCAGGUGGAGGAGCUUCAGGAGGAGGUGUCCUUGCAGGAAGCCAGAAGCCGAGGAGACGCAUCGCUGCUGUCCGAGCUGGAGGACAGUCUGACCACCGCUGCCUUGGGAGUCAACAAAGAAGAGAUAACUCAAGAAAUGGGGUCCAUUCUUCAGUUGCUGCAGCCUUUGACCUGUGAACCGAACAGCCCAGGGAACACAGAGGUCACAGAUCAACAGGACGAUGUGCAGGCCAUGCUUCAUCGGCUGAAGGGAGUGGCCCAAACCCUGGCACAGGCAUGCAGCCCUCAGGAGCUGAAUCAGGCUUUUGUUGGCAGGACGGGUGAUCGGUGUGGGAAUCCGAGCGCCUCACAGGAGAUGAGAGAUCAGAACAUCCAGCUGCAGCAGGAAAAUGCUGAACUGAGGCAGAAGCUGGAAAACAUACAAGCAGAGGCUGAAGUCGUCCAACAGGCCAUCAGAGACCGAGAUGAUGCCAUUGCCAAGAAAAACCUGAUGGAGGCAGAGUUGGUUAGAAGUAAAAAUGACAUGAUGUCUCUGAACAACCAGUUAAUAGAAGCCAUCCAACGCAAACUGGAGCUGUCACAGGAACUGGAGGCGUGGCAGGAUGACAUCCAGAUCAUCAUCAACCAGCAGCUCAGGUCCCAGCAGCAGUUGGAACAGCCUCAGAAGAAGCCUGUCUCCAAUGGCAUGUCCUUCUUCCGUCGAUCUAGCAGGACAGCGACCUCCUGGACACGCCAGCCCUCUUCCUCCUCUCCCUGGAGUCCAGACACUAAUCAGGACAAAGCCCAGUCUCCAUGGAGGGACUGGUUAAGACGGGGCAAGGGGGCACAGUACGGGAAAUAAUGGACAGAGUGUGUUACAACAGCUGUACCUCCAUGUCUGUUAGGAGAUGAUGUAGAACCAGGAGAGGAGGGGAAGUAUUGGUGGAGCUCCUGAAUUCAACAUUCCUGCACAUGGUGGAAAAGGAGCCAUAAAGACCUUUGUAAUUCACUGAUGAACAACAAAAGCCACUACGGACAAAGAAACAUGGACAAACAGGCAAUUAAAUACACAUUUCAAUCGGAGGUUGAGCCUUCCUCAAACUGACACUGUGACAACCUGAAACACUGGUUUUCAUUUUUACAGAAAACAGAAAAACUUUUGCUCAAGACUGUAAAUAUUGUGCCUUAUUUUAUAAUAAUCCCGAUAUUGUGAUUCACUCUGUCGGAGACUUUAUAUGAUAUAAAUAACAGUUGUAGAUCAGUGGACAUAUUGUUCAGUUUAUUUAACUCAAAGUGAAGUGCUGUCAUGUAAUAAAGGAUCAACAGAAAUGAAAUGAAAUUUCUUUACAUACCAAGUUGGAUAUGAGAAGCGACAUUUACAUUUACUAUUUUGUAAGUUACUUACAGUACUCAGAAAAUAUGUGAAAAUACAUGUUAUAUAAAUGCACCCAAAGACAAUGUUGUAUUUCAAUUUUUCUUCCAAAACCAAAAAUGUUGCCUUCUCUGGAUGAUCACUUGGUGUGUUAUAUAUGUGUAAAACCAUUGUCCUCAGUGUUCAAUAAUGAAGCUGCUUUGUGCAAAACUGUGUUAUUGACUGACUACUGACUGGAUUCCUGCAUAUUUUCAUCAGUUAUCCUUUCAGAUCUUCAUAUGUAUUAAAUAAUAAAAGGUACAUUCA